CUGCUAUACUUAAUAUAUACUUGCUUUACUGCUGUACUUAAUAAAGUAAUAGCUACUACAUUUUCACUUUUGCUCUUAGAUUAAACUGACAGUUUUAUAAUCUUGAACAUCUACUUACAAAAACAAACUUAUUUGCCUAGUAACCCCUGGUAGAAAAAACUGUAUGUACGUAUUAUAUUUAAUGUUGACAACUCUAAAGACAUGCCUGCUUUAGUUAAUCCAACAAACUUAAAGUAAUUUUUAUUUACUGAAGAUUAUCCCAUAUCAUACUAUUAAAGAGAACUAGAGAUAGCCUGAGAAGGACUCCAUACUUUUAUAUUCGAGUCCUUGUGGAUGAAUUGUAACCUAACUUAACAGGUAGACAAAAUUGAAAACCUAACUUAGGAGUAGGUUCCUGUAACAAUAGCCGAGUCUUGGCCAAUUCUAGUAGCCAUACUUCAACCACUUAGACACUGCUGAGUGUUCAAACUGUGUUCAAAUAAGGCAAACACCAACCUGUAACCAGUCCAGCUGUUUCUGUACUUCACUUCUAAUUUCUGUAUGUCACGUCCCUUUUUUUGUCUAUAAAUUUGUUCUGACCAUGAGGCAUCCCUGGAGUCUCCAUGAAUCAGCUGUAACUGGAGGCUGCCUGAUUCGUGAAUCAUUCAUUGCUCAAUUAAACUCCUUUAAGUUUAAUUUGGCUGAAGUUUUUUCUUUUAACAAUAUCAACUUGAAGAACAUUUGGGCUAGGUCUCAUUUUUCUGAAAGUUUAAAAAAAUACUUAAUUUGGACUGGCUGCUCUGAAAAGCCAUCUUUGCAUUGUUCCUCGUCUGCCUCCUUGCUCGCCGCAGCCGCCUCCGCCGCGCGCCUCCUCCGCCGCCGCGGAUUCCGGCAGCUUUAUCGCCAGCGUCCCUGAACUCUCACUUUCUUUUUAUACCCCUGCAUGGGAUCACCGGCGUGCCCCACCAUGUCAGACGGAGCUGUAGACACCAGCUCCGAAAUCACCACCAAGGACUUAAAGGAGAAGAAGGAAGUUGUGGAAGAGGCGGAAAAUGGAAGAGACGCCCCUGCUAACGGGAAUGCUAAUGAGGAAAAUGGGGAGCAGGAAGCUGACAAUGAGGUAGAUGAAGAAGAGGAAGAAGGUGGGGAGGAAGAGGAGGAGGAAGAAGAAGGUGAUGGUGAGGAAGAGGAUGGAGAUGAAGAUGAGGAAGCUGAGUCAGCUACGGGCAAGCGGGCAGCUGAAGAUGAUGAGGAUGAGGAUGUCCAUACCAAGAAGCAGAAGACCGACGAGGAUGACUAGACAGCAAAAAAGGAAAAGUUAAACUAAAAUAAAAGGCCGCCGCGACCUAUUCACCCUCCACUUCCCCUCUCAGAAUCUAAACGUGGUCACUUUCGAGUAGAGAGGCCCGCCCGCCCACCGUGGGCAGUGCCACCCGCAGAUGACACGCGCUCUCCACCACCCAACCCAAACCAUGAGAAUUUGCAAUAGGGGAGGAAGAAAGAACCAAAACUUCCAAGGCCCUGCUUUUUUUCUUAAAAGUACUUUAAAAAGGAAAUUUGUUUGUAUUUUUUAUUUACAUUUUAUAUUUUUGUACGUAUUGUUAGGGUCAGCCAUUUUUAAUGAUCUCGGAUGACCAAACCAGCCUUCAGAGCGUUCUCUGUCCUACUUCUGACUUUACUUGUGGUGUGACCAUGUUCAUUAUAAUCUCAAAGGAGAAAAAAAAACCUUGUAAAAAAAAGCAAAAAUGACAACAGAAAAACAAUCUUAUUCCGAGCUUUCCAGUAACUUUUUUGUGUAUGUACUUAGCUGUACUAUAAGUAGUUGGUUUGUAUGAGAUGUUUAAAAAGGCCAAAGAUAAAAGGUUUCUUUUUUUUCCUUUUUUGUUUAUGAAGUUGCUGUUUAUUUUUUUUGGCCUGUUUGAUGUAUGUGUGAAACAAUGUUGUCCAACAAUAAACAGGAAUUUUAUUUUGCUGAGUUGUUCUAACAAAAAAAAAAUAC